AUGGUGGCGACUACCUGCCGGGCAAACCUGGACCUCCGCAUUGUGGCGACUACCUGCCGGGCAAACCUGGACCUCCGCAUUGUGGCGACUACCUGCCGGGCAAACCUGGACCUCCGCAUUGUGGCGACUACCUGCUGGGCAAACCUGGACCUCCGCAUGGUGGCGACUACCUGCCGGGCAAACCUGGACCUCCGCAUGCCGGACAAACCUGGACCUUUGUAUAGUGGCGGCUACCUGCCGGUCAAACCUGGACCAUCGCAUGGCGGCGGCGGUGGCUACCUGCCGGGCAAGCCUGGACAUUCGCAUGGCGGCGUCGGCGGUGGCGGCUACCUCCGGGGCAAACCACCUGGACCUUCGCAUGGCGGCGGCGGCAGCGGCUACCUCCGGGGCAAACCACCUGGACCUUCGCAUGGCGGCGGCGGCAGCGGCUACCUCCGGGGCAAACCUCCUGGACCUUCGCACGGCAGCGUCGGCGGCGGCGGCGGCGGCGGCGGCGGCGGCGGCUACCUCCCGGGCAAACCUCCUGGACAUUCGCACGGCGGAGGCUACCUGCCGGGCAAACCCCCUGGACCUUCGCAUGGCGGCGGCGGCGGCUACCUGCCGGGCAAACCCACUGGACCUUCGCAUGGCGGCGGCAGCGGCGGCUACCUGUCGGGCAAACCCCCUGGACCUUCGCAUGGCGGCGGCAGCGGCGGCUACCUGUCGGGCAAACCCCCUGGACCUUCGCAUGGCGGCGGCGGCGGCUACCUGUCGGGCAAACCCCCUGGACCUUCGCAUGGCGGCGGCGGCGGCUACCUGUCGGGCAAACCCCCUGGACCUUCGCAUAGCGGUGGCGGCGGCGGCUACCUGUCGGGCAAACCCCCUGGACCUUCGCAUGGCGGCGGCGGCAGCGGCGGCGGCGGCGGCGGCGGCGGCUACCUGUCGGGCAAACCCCCUGGACCUUCGCAUGGCGGCGGCGGCGGCGGCUACGUAUCGGGCAAACCCCCUGGAACUUCGCAUGGCGGCGGCGGCGGCGGCGGCGGCGGCGGCUACCUGUCGGGCAAACCCCCUGGACCUUCGCAUGGCGGCGGCGGCGGCGGCUACCUGUCGGGCAAACCCCCUGGACCUUCGCAUGGCGGCGGCGGCGGCUACCUGUCGGGCAAACCCCCUGGACCUUCGCAUGGCGGUGGCGGCGGCGGCUACCUGUCGGGCAAACCCCCUGGACCUUCGCAUGGCGGUGGCGGCGGCGGCUACCUGUCGGGCAAACCCCCUGGACCUUCGCAUGGCGGCGGCGGCGGCGGCUACCUGCCGGGCAAACCCCCUGGACCUUCGCAUGGCGGUGGUGGCGGCGGCUACCUGUCGGACAAACCCCCUGGACCUUCGCAUGGCGGCGGCGGCGGCGGCUACCUGCCGGGCAAACCCCCUGGACCUUUGCAUGGCGGCGGCGGCGGCGGCGGCUACCUGCCGGGCAAACCCCCUGGACCUUCGCAUGGCGGCGGCGGCGGCUACCUGCCGGGCAAACCCCCUGGACCUUCGCAUGGCGGCGGCGGCGGCGGCUACCUGCCGGGCAAACCCCCUGGACCUUCGCAUGGCGGCGGCGGCGGCGGCUACCUGCCGGGCAAACCCCCUGGACCUUCGCAUGGCGGCGGCGGCGGCGGCUACCUGCCGGGCAAACCCCCUGGACCUUCGCAUGGCGGCGGUGGCGGCUACCUGCCGGGCAAACCCCCUGGACCUUCGCAUGGCGGCGGUGGCGGCUACCUGCCGGGCAUGCCUCAUGGACAUUCGCAUGGCGGCGGCGGCUACCUGCCGGGCAUGCCUCAUGGACAUUCGCAUGGCGGCGGCGGCUACCUGCCGGGCAUGCCUCAUGGACAUUCGCAUGGCGGCGGCGGCUACCUGCCGGGCAUGCCUCAUGGACAUUCGCAUGGCGGCGGCGGCUACCUGCCGGGCAUGCCUCAUGGACAUUCGCAUGGCGGCGGCGGCUACCUGCCGGGCAUGCCUCAUGGACAUUCGCAUGGCGGCGGCGGCUACCUGCCGGGCAUGCCUCAUGGACAUUCGCAUGGCGGCGGCGGCUACCUGCCGGGCAUGCCUCAUGGACAUUCGCAUGGCGGCGGCGGCUACCUGCCGGGCAUGCCUCAUGGACAUUCGCAUGGCGGCGGCGGCUACCUCCCGGGCAUACCUCAUGCACAUUCGCAUGGCGGCGGCGGCUACCUGCCGGGCAAACCUCAUGGAUAUUGGCAUGGAGGCGGCGGCUACCUGUCGGGCAAACCUCAUGGACAUUGGCAUGGCGGCGGCGGCUACCUGUCGGGCAAACCUCAUGGACAUUGGCAUGGCGGCGACGGCUACCUGUCGGGCAAACCUCAUGGACAUUGGCAUGGCGGCGACGGCUACCUGUCGGGCAAACCUCAUGGACAUUGGCAUGGCGGCGGCGGCGGCUACCUGUCGGGCAAACCUCAUGGACAUUGGCAUGGCGGCGGCGGCUACCUGCCGGGCAAACCUCAUGGACAUUGGCAUGAUGGCGGCGGCGGCGGCUACCUGCCGGGCAAACCUCAUGGACAUUGGCAUGGCGGCGGAGGCUACCUGCCGGGCAAACCUCAUGGACAUUGGCAUGGCGGCGGUGCCAGCUACUUGCCGGACAAACCUUAUGGACAUUCACAUGGCGGCGGCGGCUACCUGCCGGGCAAACCUGUUGGACCUCCACUGGGCCAGUAUGCUCCGCCACAAGCUGGACCUCCACUGGGCCCAGAGUGGGCACAGCAUUCCAGCAGAGUUGAGGCAACACAUCUGCACUUGGGAUACAUUGCAGGACAACAUCAAAUAGCGCGCCCCCUCAGUGCUGCACCACUGCGAAUAAGUGAGACUGAAGAUCUACCAGCCAUGCUCAGUUCUGAGACAUCUGCAGACGAAGCAAAAAACUUCCCACCCGGAUCACAGCAGUAUCCAACAUCUUAUCCAGAGGUACUGGAACAGGAUCAAAUGGGUGCACCAUUGCAGUCGCCAGUUGGGCCAACUGCAGAGGACACAUCAGCAUUUCGUGAGAGAUCUAAAUCUUAUGGAAGUCUAUCGUCAGAGGAAACACCCGAAGGAAACACUGCUGGGAAAGUGCAAACAAGACACAGCCGGCAUGGAAGUGGAGGGCUAAUUUGCCCCACACAGCAAACAACUGGUGGGGACAGCUGGCUGUCAAUUGCUGGCCCAUCAAGAAUGGCACAAGAACAGUUACCAGGAGAACGCCCAGUGCAAGAGGCACCUGAAUUUUCAGGGUCAGCCUCAGCUAGUCAGACAGCAACUGAAAUGACACUAUUACAAGAACAAGAUGUCAGUUCAACAUCCAGCUUCAUCCCAACACCUGGACCAUCUGGUUUAGCACGCAAACGACGAAUAGGAGGAGAGCUGUUUGACUACCAGCAUAAAGUGAGAAAGGAAGCUGAGCGAUCAGACACAGCAAGACACAGCUGGCAUGAAACAAAAAGGAAGGUUUUGCCACAACAGGGUGGAAGUACCAGAGCCAAAGCCAAAGGCAAAAAGAGUGCCACAUCACCACAGCAGGCUGAUACAGAAAGGAGAGGUGAGUGUACAUUGGGCGAACAGUCAGGAGGCAGUCCCUUCACAGCAUCAGAAACUAGUGGAACAGGUGAUGAUGACUCUGAAGAGCAGUAA